AUGUCCCUUCAACACACUAAACAAUUCGGUAGCUGGGAAUUCCUUUGCAGCCAUUCUCCCUCAUUAGCCCCUUGCAACCUCUUCUUCAAUCAAAUACAAUCACUAAACUCUUCUGAUACCAUCCUCUACAAUUCCACUUCUUUCUCUCUCGUUUCAAACAACCUUCAGUCCGCAGGCGUUGGCGUACGUCCCACCUGCUUUAUUCGUAGAGCUGGCCAUGAAGGCGGCCUCGGUAAUAUCGCUCAAAUCGUUGCAACCGCGUUAUGCUUUGUUUUCUCCCUCAUCCUCUUUGCUGCUGCUAAACGUCGUAUCGCUGCCGUUGGUAGAGUUGAAUUCGCUACUUUACUCGGCUUAUGGGCUCUGAUCGACGUCUUUUCCUUACUUACUACGGGCAGCUUUUUACAACAAGGUUCUGAUUAUAUUGUCUGGUUAACUUCCAUCCAAAUGGGUCUAAGAAGCGCUUGGUUUUGGUCUCUGAUUGUUAAUGGCCUAAACAGCACUCAACUUAUAGAAGACGGUACCCCUCCUUCUAUCCUCUCCUUAUGGGUAGGCGGUAUCGCUUUCUUCGUCGGAACUGGCUACAUUGCUGUUGAUACUGCUUUCAAUUGGAGUGGCAAUCUUCCCCCCUCAAAUCCGCCUGAAUAUCUCCUCAGCAAUGGCCUCUUUGUCUUACUCCUCCUCUGGCCAAUGAUUGCUGUCUUUAUCUACUCUCUCCUCAUGACUUAUGUCAUUUUCUUUCUCCUCAAAGAAUCCAUUCCUGCUUUCUGGUUCUCCUUAUCUCUACUCUCUUUCAUGUUAUCUCAAGCUGCUCUCUUCGCUCUAGGACAUACUAUAUGUGAUGGUACGAAUAGUCGUAUUGAUGGUGCUUUCGUUGCAACUCUCCUUGAAGCUAUUAGUCUCGGUUUAUUGUUCGCUGGCUGGCGAAGUAUUACUGAAGAUAGCUGGUAUGGUUAUGAUGGUCCUCAAGUUCCUGUAUACCCAAAGCAAGAACCUCUCUCAAAUUUCAAAUGA